GGGGACAGGACUCAUUUGCGCCUAGGACCACUUCCUGAGGCGCGAGGCAGGAAGUUACCCGGUCUCUCUGGAGUCCUGUGGAGAAAGUGCUGUCUGCUGCAGUAGUGGCGGCGCGAACUGGAGGUGGGUCGGGAGACUGGCUGUUCGGUCUCGCUGAAGCUGAGGGCCGGUUUCCAUCGUGGCACCACGGCCCUCUCCUCCAGCCCGGAGCCCGGCGCGAAUGCCCGGGGGACUCUUCCAGGUUCCUUGACGCCGCUGCAAGGGUCACCUACCUGGGCAUCAUCGCCUGGGUCUCUAGCCAGAGGACUGGCUCCUGGCUUCAGUACGCGGGGCCACUGUAAGAAGUGCCCUUACCACCCCUCGCCCUGUCCUCCCCCCUGAACUAUCGAGACCCUGGUCCAGAGCGACAGCCUUGGACCCGGGGCUUGGAGGAUCCAAGACGCUCAGUCCCGGCACCCCACAGACGGGGCUCUGCAUCGUCUCUGAUAUGUCACCGACCAUCUCCCACAAGGACAACAGUCGGCAACGACGCCCAGGGACUUUUAACCACUCCCUGGAUAUGAAGAGCGGUCCUCUGCCGCCAGGCGGCUGGGAUGACAGUCAUCCGGAAUUGGUGGGUGGGGAAGGGGACAAAGAAGCUCUUUUGCGGGAUACCGACACUGGUGACUUCUCAAAACCCCCACGGAGCUGCCGGGCGGAAUUAAGCAGCAUUUUGCUGUUGCUUUUUCUUUACGUGCUUCAGGGCAUUCCACUGGGCCUGGCUGGAAGCAUCCCACUCAUUUUGCAGAGCAAAAAUGUUAGCUAUACAGAUCAAGCUUUCUUCAGUUUCGUCUUUUGGCCCUUCAGUCUCAAAUUGCUCUGGGCCCCGUUGGUUGAUGCAGUUUACUUUAAGAACUUUGGUCGUCGCAAAUCUUGGCUUGUUCCUACACAGUAUAUACUGGGACUGUUCAUGAUAUAUUUAUCCACUCAGGUGGACCAUUUGCUCGGGAACACUGAUGGCAGAAGCCCCGACGUGAUUGCUCUCACUGUGACAUUCUUUUUGUUUGAAUUCCUGGCCGCCACUCAGGACAUCGCUGUGGAUGGUUGGGCGUUAACUAUGUUAUCCCGGGAAAACGUGGGUUAUGCUUCCACUUGCAAUUCAGUGGGCCAAACAGCUGGCUACUUUUUGGGCAAUGUUUUGUUUUUGGCCCUUGAAUCUGCCGACUUUUGUAACAAGUAUUUGCGCUUUCAGCCUCAACCCAGGGGAAUCGUUACUCUUUCAGGUUGGUUUUUCAGCAGCAGAUGCAGUAACAGGACUGAAAUUGGUAGAAGAGGGAGUACCCAAAGAACAUUUAGCCUUAUUGGCAGUUCCAAUGGUUCCUUUGCAGAUAAUAUUACCUCUGAUUAUCAGCAAAUACACUGCAGGUCCCCAGCCACUAAACAUAUUUUACAAAGCCAUGCCCUACAGGUUACAUUGUAUAGCAUGUAUGUUUCCAUAAUGGCUUUCAAUGCAAAGGUUAGUGAUCCACUCAUUGGAGGAACAUAUAUGACCCUUUUAAACACUGUGUCCAAUCUGGGAGGAAACUGGCCUUCGACAGUAGCUCUUUGGCUGGUAGAUCCCCUUACAGUGAAAGAAUGUGUGGGAGCAUCAAACCAGAAUUGUCGGACACCUGAUGCUGUUGAGCUUUGCAAAAAACUCGGUGGCUCAUGUGUUACAGCACUGGAUGGUUAUUAUGUAGAAUCCAUCAUUUGUGUUUUUAUUGGAUUUUGUUGGUGGUUCUUUCUUGGUCCAAAAUUGAAAAAAUUACAGGAUGAAGGACCAUCUUCAUGGAAGUGCAAAAGAAGCAACUAAUGCAUUCACUACUGGACUUUCUAGGAAGGUAACUGCAGUUUUGUUUUAAUUCAGACAGCUAUGAUAAUCAGUGCACAGGAGUAUAAAAUGUUAUUUUAAACACAGAAAUUAUUAAUAUAAAAUGCCAAAUGAUUAAAAAAUAGAGACCUCUCUGUAUCAUUGAUUAUAUUUUCCUUGCCUUGCCUAUGUAUUUAAAGUUUACGUAAGGUCAGGACAUUGGUUCUAAAACAAGUUUUCUGGCCUUGUUAUUUGAUUUAUAUCUUUUUAAUUUACUGACCAAAGUAUGUUUUAACCUGCAGUGCAGUAGUCAUGGCUGAUACCCAUGCAGUCAAGCAUUGUUAUUGGUACCUAUCAUUGAACUGUAUUUAAAAUUUUGGCUAAAUAUAUUAAAUCGAAGAAAGCUUGAUAUUUAGGUACUAAUUACAACUAUUCUGGCUUUGUUGACAGUUAAAUCUUAUUUUGAAUUGCAAAUUGGUAAAAUUCUAUGUGGAAUUUGCUGAGAAGAGAAUGUAGACUACUGAAAUGCCAUUUUAGUUGUUAUUCUUCUGACUAUAACCACAUUGUACUAAUGAAUCUGUGUUAAAAAAGACUAUCUUAAAUGUAUUUCCUGCUUUUGUAAGCAAAGAUUUAUAAGAAGAUUAUUCAAACUAUUUUUUAUAAAAUGAAAGCUAUGAUUUUUAAUUUAAUGAUUCCCCUGUCCCCCCCUUUUUGGAAGCUACUUUGAUUCCGUGUUAACUCUUCCCCUGAAGCUUACAUGUAUUUUUUGUCCUAAGUAUUUUGUGGCAUACAGACAGCUCCUGAGGGAUCUAAUUUAGUGUUGUAUGUAUGUUCAUGGCAAAGUUUUGAAAAUAAAAAAUGUUUUUCUUCAAGCA